AUGGGAAAAGUCCCUCGUGCAUACCACCAUGAACUGCUAUGUUUGCUGAUGCUCUGGCUUGGCGGCUUUUUCGCAAUCCUACCAUCUGUCAGCGCCUCCAUCUACACGUUGGUUGCCGCUUUCGCAUUCCAGGUCCUUCCAAGGCCUUGGAUUGGGCAGAUGACGAACUUGCUCGUCUCCGACCUCUAUGAGGCCAGCGAGGACGCCUCUGCUGCGCAGUCGUUCAGCCAAGGCGGAUUUGCUGCUGGCUGUGUAGCCAUGCUGCUGCUGGAACAGGCAUUCCGGCAAAGCUACGGCACACAGAUGAUGUUCUUCGCAGCCGGGGGUUUGACUUCGGGUGCUGGGCUCAUCUUCUGCGCCUUGCCCCGCCUUGACGAAAAGCCCUUGGCCAUCCCUUCAUCCACGGGUGCUUCGAAGGAGUUGCGCUUCACCAUGGCCUGCAAUGUUCUGGCCGUGAUGGCCGUCGGAGUGGAGGUCACCUGUGGCACCUGGCUCAUCACCACCAUGUCCCAGAAUGGGUUCGCGCCAUCCACUGCGACCCAGACCAACAUGAUCUUUUGGAUGCUCUUCGCGGUGAGCCGUCUUGCUCUCGCUCCCUACAUCUGCCGCGUGUGGAAGCCAAAGCCAUCGACGGUUGUAUCCGUGGGAUCUGCCAUAUCUGCCGUCUGCUGCAUCCCCGCGGUGCUUUUCCCAGACUGGCUACCGGCCGUGGUCCUCGCAGUCGGGGGUGUUGCGCUGGGUGCAGGGCCUUCCUACGCCAUGACGAUCUCCAUGGUAAAGGAUCGGCAGGGCCUCACAUCCAUGGAUUCGGCACUUUUUUCCGUGGCUGCCAGCCUAGGGGCUGGCUUUAUGCCGUUUAUGAUGAGCCGAGUUCUUCUGGUCUUUGGUCCAGACUCGUAUUUUUUCAGCCUCUUCGUGAUCGCUGCCACGCUUGCGGGCUUUUCGCAUGUUUUGAACCACCUGGUGCCUGCGCCGUCACAUCAGUGUACGGAUGAAGAGCAGGCGGAGCUAUAUCUCAGCAACGCUGAGGAUACGCCAGAACAGGAGAUCUAUACCCGGAUGGAGCUGCACACCCUGCAGACGCUGUCCGAGCGGAAGGAGUCGUCUCCCAAGGAGAUGUAUACUGCGGUCGAGCUGCACACCAUGCCGACUCUCUCGGAGCGAAAAGACAGCAAGGAUGCGGAGUGCCCAGUGCCUCCAAUAGUCUGGAUAUAUUGGGAGCAAGGCUGGGACGACGCUCCGCUGAUUUGCCGUAUCUGUGCCAGCAGCUGGGAGCAGGUCAAUCCCAACAUGGAGGUGAGGAAGAUCAGCAGGGACGACUUGCAGGAGCUCAUUCCAGAGGAGAUCGAUACCUGGGCCCGGCUCUGCAAGAUACCUGUUGCGCAGCGCACCGACUUCGUCCGUUUGGCACUGCUAAAGCGCUUCGGCGGUAUCUGGGCAGACUCGACCUUGUUCUGUGCUGCACCUGUCAUGCCGUGGCUGGAAAGCUUAUGCUUUGUGAAGGACCAGGCAUUCUUCGUCUUCGAUCGCUCAGAUUCGAGCCAUUGGCCCUACGAUCCGUUUCUUUCGGAAGGCCUGCGGCUCAGCAAUUUUUUCAUCGCAGCCUCCAGCGGCCAUGCCCUUACAUCUGCUUGGCUGGAGCAUUUUCGGCGUGAGCUCGAGGGUGACACGAUCCACUACUUUUCCUGCCACUUCGCUUUUCACCGAAUGCUGGACGAGGAUACCUCAAAGCGCCAACUUUUCCACGAGGUGCCGAAGGUGUCGGCGCAGCAUCCCCAUACGGUUGAGUUUGAGCUGGGCUUCGCUGCCCCAGCGACCAGCAACGUCUUGGAUGCCCUGAAGAGGAGUCUUACGAUGGCGCCGGUGAUGAAGCUUUCCAGUAAGAUUCUCCAAGAUGAGUUCUUAUUGAAGCUUCUUCGUGCAGAGCCUUCAGCCCUGAGUGCCCUCCUGGACUUCCAUGCUGCGCUGGACGUCCUGCCGCUGAUCAAGCAGGCAAAACAUGCCAAAGCCGACGUCCCCGAGCUGGUUGACUUGGUCAAACACGAGAGAGAGAUCACGCAACGCGUGCGGGAAGGUUGGCAACUGUCCUUGAAGUGA